CGGUAGCUGAUCUUGUCCCGGUGUAUUGAGUAAAUUAACUUCCUGUCAGUGUCAAGCAAUCAUGUGCAUGUAUGUGUAUCAGCAUUGUGUUGCUCAGGACUUCCGACUUUCAGAAAGCAUGCUAAGAUAAGAGUAAAACCAGAUAAGAUGGGUGUGGUGACAGAAGGUGUAAAGCACAGUAUGAACCCCUUUGAUGAAAUUGCCAUUGAAGAGGCUGUCAGAUUGAAGGAGAAAAAGAUGGCCAAAGAGAUUAUUGCAGUAAGCUGUGGACCAAAGCAGUGUCAAGAAACAAUAAGGACAGCCCUAGCAAUGGGGGCAGAUCGGGGGAUACAUGUUGAGAUGAGCGCAGAUGAGUUUGAAGCCUCUAAUCCUCUCCAGAUAUCAAAGAUCCUAGCAAAACUAGCUAAGGAGGAAGAUAUCAAUUUAAUCAUCUUAGGAAAACAGGCCAUUGAUGGUGAUUACAACCAGACAGGUCAGAUGACCGCCGCCCAACUUGAUUGGCCUCAAGGCACAUUUGCUUCAGAAGUAACGCCAGAGAAUGAUAAGCUGAAGGUGGUCCGAGAAGUUGACGGCGGACUGGAGACAAUUCAUAUAGCCACGCCAGCCGUGGUCACCGCAGAUCUACGUUUGAAUGAACCCAGAUAUGCAACUCUUCCAAACAUUAUGAAAGCUAAGAAGAAACCAAUUGCUACAAAAACGCCUGCAGAUCUUGGAGUUGAUAUCACCCCUUCUGUUGAAACCCUAAGUGUUGAAGACCCACCAGUACGGGAUGCAGGACAGAAGGUUGAAAAUGUGGAUGAAUUAAUCUCUAAACUAAAGGAAUCUGGUGUAAUUUAACCACAAAUAUUUCAAGGCUAUCACCUGUCAUGAGAGUUUGGAUGUUAUCAUCUCAACAAGACUUAAUAGGCAACAAUGCAAUCAUUAUUAAAGGAAUGCGUGUUUUGUGAAAUGCACAAUAGAAGCAUAUUGAGUUAAUACUGAAUGUUACUACUAAGGAAUAGUUGAUUUCUAACAGUUUAGAGUAACACAAGCUUGCAUUGUGUUACUCUAAACUGUUAAGAGUAACACAAGCUUGCAUUGAAAAUUAACUUUGAUCCACAAAAAAAUAUUAAAAGCUAUAUAAUGUAAAAAAAUAAAUCAGGAAUUGAAUAAAUAAUUAUACUUUACCCUAA